AUGAAGGAAUCGGGAUUGGCGGACACGCGGAUGACCCAUGACCUGUGGGCAGAAGUACUGUGUGAAAGGGCGGGCGGAGGCUUAGAAUAUUUGCACGACUCCGACACGAAGGUUCUCAUUAACGAGGACGACCCGCGUUGGGCGUCUAAUGACAAGACCCUUGCGGAAAAAUGCUGCGCGAAGCCCGCUAUGGUGCUUAUGCAUUGCAAAAGCUAUGUAUCCAAUACAACGAUUAGUGAUCGCAUCUUCUUCAUCACAAAUUUCCCCAGAAGGGGAAAUGAAAGUUAUCAUGCAUGAACUAUGCAAAAGGGAUUUGUCGUGCAUAAUUGCGAUGAGUACGAAUACGAUAUUGCUUUUGCAGUGGAUAGUACCCGGACCACCCGCCGCCCGAUCCACCUCGUCGUCCAGUGCCUCCUUUUUGCAAGCAUAAAUGAGUAUAUG